CAAGGAAGUAUAACCUAUAUCAAAAUUCCUCGAAAACAAAAGAUAUCAUUUUGUUGACAAGGCACUGAAAAAUGUUUAAAAAAUAUGUCGAAUAAUGUAAUUACGGACAGAAAGUUUAUCUAACAGAUAUCGUAAAAAACUAUGGAAGUAUCAGGAAGAAGAGGGAGAGAGAAAGAUUUCACACCAUCCUUUUCACGUGGUUCUGAUGAUGCUGACCAGCUAUACUGUCUCCCGUGUAAACAAGAUGGAUCUCGGGUACCAGCUUUCGGAUAUUGUCAAAACUGCGCCGAACAUUUGUGCGAGACAUGUUACAAAGUUCACACAAAACCAUCACCUAGCAGGAACCAUAUCCUCCUAGACAGGACACAAAUGCCAAAAACACAGGAUAAAGGUAGACUAACAAGUACACAAGACUUGACUGAAACAUGCCAGAAACACCAUGGUAAAGUUAUAGAGUACUUUUGUAAGGAUCAUAAAACGUUAGGUUGCAGCCCAUGUAUGACGAUGGACCACAGAAGUUGCAGGAUAGAUUACAUUCCAGAUGUCUCCUGGACCUACAUAGCCAGUUCUCAGUACCAGAGUCUUCUACAGGCCUUGCAGACUUUACAUGAGAAUUUGAAGGAAACAAAUAAAUCAAUUAAAGAGAACAAGAGACUCAUUCAAGAAAAUCAAGAUAAAGUAAAGGCAGAUAUUCAGCAGUUUAGACAUGAAAUCAACACUAAACUAGACAAAUGGGAAGCUGAAAUGUACAAAGAAAUUGAGAGGCUCGUUUCCCGAGAACAUCAGAGGAUAUAUUCAACACUGACCCAAUGCCAAGAAAUGACAAGAAAGAUUGAAGCACAACAAACAAGCUUCAAAAGUCUUGAACGAGAUAAGAAAUGCAACUUGAUGUUUAUACAUGGCAAGAAAAAGGAAGAAUCAAUUAAAGGGAAUUCUUAUAGUUUUUUAUGCGCAUCUUUCUGCGCAGCCGACACUUUCUAUGGAAAACUGACAAAUAUGACUAUGAUAUCAAAUAAGUAUAUAAUAAAAUCUGUAAAAAGAAAAAACCGUAUUGUGCUGCCUGGAUGUAUAUUUUGGUUGGUAUUUAUAAAAAAGCAGAAAAUUAUGAAAAUGUUGAAAAAUCGCUGGCAGUUUCAGCAACAGUGGGUGUGUUCAAAACAAUUUUUCACAAAAACAAGCCUGGUGACCUAUUGUUUUUAUUUGUUCAUUGUUUUCAGCACAAAUUUUCCUAUCAUAUAUGUGAAUUUAAAAAAAUUCUAUGAAAGGAAAAAAACUAUAGGAAUUCUCUUUAAAGCAGACAAGAAAAUUGAACAGACAUUGAAACAAGAAUGUAAAGCUAACAGUUACAUAUUUCAACCGAACUUUGCAAUAAAAAAUCUACUAAAGACAGAGACUACAUUAGGAACCUUACUCAACACUAGUGAAGAGUCCAAACAUAACAAAUUGCAAGACCAGGAAGCAGGUAAUAAAACAACAUUAUCCGCGCACUUUCAGUUGCGGCCAAGACAUCAUGAGAAUGUGUCAAGUUCUGACAUUAUUGUUACUCUAUUAGAUCAAAUUAAUCUUAAGACUGUCGGCGAUCAAUUUGAUCGAGACAUAGGAGGACUUGCAGUAAUUGACACAUCUAGACUUGCUGUUGUUGACUACUCAAACGUGAGUAUUAAUAUUGUUGAUGUGAAGCAGAAGACAACCGUUUCUGAGCUGAAAUUAUUGACUUCAAACCCAUGGGACGUGACAUUGUUGCCAGGCGACCAGCUUGCAGUUACACUUCCAUAUUCAAGCUUGAUACAGAUAUUGUCAUUUUCUAAUGGUUUAUCCAAAGUCAGGCAGCUGACAGCUAAUCACUGGUGCUAUGGGUUAGCUUUUAUUGAAGGAAGCCUUAUAGUUGGGAUGGCAGACGGAAAAGUAAAGAUAAUGAAUCUUUCAGGGAAAGUUUUAAAAACAAUGGACUGUGGCGUAGCUGAUGAUGUCAGUUAUGUUACAGCAUGUUCAAACUACAGAUAUAUAUAUGCUUCAUGUGGUAGCAGUGUAAUUCGUUUCAGUAUGUCCGGUGAAACUAUAGGACGGUAUACACAUGGAAGCCUGAAGAAGCCACGUGGACUAGCUGUAUUGGAAGAUGGUUCUAUAUUGGUAUGUGACCAUGGUAACAGCAGCAUUCACCAGAUUUCAGAAAAUAUGGAAAGCAGCAGGAUGAUACUGCAGGAAACAAAUGAAUGUAUGAAACCCUACUGUAUGGCACUUGAUAGUGAAGAGAAGAAACUGUACAUAGGUAGCGGCAAUGAGUGCAACUUCAUAAAUGUGUAUAGUCUAAAAUAAAGAAGCUAAUAAUCAUUUGCAGCUAUUGUAAGUAACUACAACAGGCUGAGACAAUUUUUGUAAUUAUACUAUUCUGACUUCUACAGACUCAAUGCAACUACUAUAAUUUCUACAAAAUAAUGUAGCUUCUUUUUUAUUUUAUAGUAAAUGUAGCUAACUAUAAUAGACUGAGACGGUUCUUAUAAUUGUGUCUUCUGGAAAAUGUAUUCCACAGAAUGAGUAGCGUGUGCAUUGUGCUCUGUGUUACUGGUUUUUACAGAUACCAAAAAUGCUUAUAUUACAGAUCAAGAUAUGUAUACCGGCAAAUUACCAGAACUAGAACAUCAUUUAUAAAUUAAGAAGUACAUGGUGCCCUUUAUACGAUACAUGUAUAUAUCUAUAAAUCAUGUAGCAGUAGUAAGUCGUUUCAGUAUGACCAGUGAAGUUGUAGGGUGGUAUACAUAUGGCUUGAAGACACUUGGACUAUGGUUCAAUGUCGUUCUGUGACCGUGCUUUGUCGUUCUGUGACAAUGGUAACAGCAGCAUUUACAUUUAUUUUCAAAAACAUUAACACUUAAUUAUUAUUAGAUUAAUACGAUCAAGCACUUGUUUAUACGAGAAGUUUACCUUUCAUAUGACUAGAUAUAUAAAAGACAGUGUAUUAGAUAUAUGCUGCUGCCAACAACGGGUGUGAGGAGCUUUGUUUGCUACGUGUAAAGAACUUUAAUCAUGCAUAUGGAACUUUGUUUGUUGUAUUUGAGGCACAUGUUUACUACAAGAGAGAAAAUUCGUUUCCUAUAUGUGUAAGAAACUGUUUGCUACGCGCAAAGAACGUAUAUGAACGUUGUAUGUUGUGUGUGAGGCACAUUGUUUACUAUAAGAAAGAAAAUUCGUUUGCUAUGUGUGAGGAACUUUGACUGCUAUGUAAUGUUCUUUAAUGUAAGUAUCAUUCUUGCAUAUACAUUGAUACAAACAAUCAUUUGUACAGUUCAAAUUGCGCAGACUGUCAUAAUAAAUUGCUUAGACUGUCAUAAUAAAAAUCUUUUACGUGUAAAGUCUACAACAGCAUUUAAAAUUCUAUUUUUAUAACAGUGUGUAGAACUUUGUUUGCUAUUGAUGAAGGACUAUGUUUUUAUGAAUAAAGUAAUUUGUUUUCUGUGUAUAAGACGCCUUAUUUUAUCUCACAAUUUAAGUGGCAUUAAGCGCAUCUUACUGCACAUAGUGUUUUGGUGUAUGUUUUCAUAAGCAAUUUUCAGUUGCUGUGCAUUUAAAUGUGGUUAAUUUAACAAUAAUGCCGCAUAAGUAUUUGAAGGUGAUAUUUUAGAAAUAAAGAAAUCGU